AUGAAGAUCACAGCGUUCACGGUGCUGGCAAGUACCUUGGCGGCGGUACAGGCAGCCACGAUCGAGCAUUGGUGGAACAUCACCUAUGUAGACGCGAAUCCGAACGGGCUCUACCCCAGACGAGUGAUCGGAGUGAACGGAACAUGGCCUCCCCCUCCUCUUAUCGCCACACAAGGCGACAAGCUCAUCAUGCACACUACCAACUCUCUCGGGGAUUUCAGUCUCGGUACCGCACUCCACACACAUGGAAUGUUCUUCAACGGGUCGAAUUGGGCCGAUGGGGCGGUCUCGACCACGCAGUGCCCUAUUCCGCUUAACCAGACGAUGAGCUACGUGAUUGAUACGAGUCUUCAGACCGGGACAUACUGGAUCCACGGACACCACGAGGGCCAGUACACGGAUGGUCUCCGAGCUCCUUUCAUCAUCCAGCCGAACAAUGCAUCCGGCAGAUCGGACAAUCUCAAAUGGGAUGCCGAAUACACGCUUAUCGUUUCUGACUGGUACCAUGAGGAGUACGGCAAGCUCAUCACCAACGAAUUCCUCACUUGGAAGAAUCCUACCGGUGCCGAGCCUGUCCCUAAAUCUGCCCUCAUCUACGUCGCGCAGGAUGACAAGUACCUCAGCUCCAACACAGACUUGAUGGCUGGCAAGGGUGUUAAUGACGAUGCGGCCUUAACCUUCGAGGCGGGCAAGAGCUACCGGGUCCGAAUCAUCAACAUGGCUGCUCUGGCUAUGUUCUACAUCAACUUUGACCAGCAUGACGUCCAGAUCAUCGAGACGGACGGAGUGGAGAUGGAGCCAUACCCCAUCGAUACGCUCACUAUCUCCAUCGGUCAGCGAUACUCGGUGCUCGUCACCGCCAAAAACAGCACGGAUACCAACUACGCCCUGAGCAUCAACCAGUCUCCGGAUAUGUACGAUGUUAUCCCAGAUGAGCUCGUCCUCAACAAUACCAUCCAGCUCGUCUACAACGCGUCGGCAUCCCCGGCCGCUUCGGUACAGAUCGAUGCGGCGCCAGUCCUCGACGAUACCAAGUUUGUUCCUGUGUUGAAGCGGGAGAUGAUUGGCAAGACGGUCGAGUUCAGGCUGGAUGCUUACUUUGACACAUACGAUGACGGUACAAAUCGCGCAUCGUUCAACAACGUCACCUACCAGAUGCCCAUGACCCCUUCCAUGUUUACCGCCCUCACCAUGGGCAACAACUCAUUCCUCCCCGAGGUAUACGGCGCGCAGACCAACGCGUUUACAUUCCCGCACAUGAGUCAGGUCGAGGUCACCAUUUUCAACUGGGACGCUGGAUUCCACCCGUUCCAUCUUCACGGACACGAGUUCCAGGUGGUUCACAAGUCGUUCGACGUGACGUCUGAUGACCCCGCUAUCAACCCGCUCUUCAACGAGACUCAGUCCAAUCCCGCGAGGAGGGACACGGUCGUCAUCCCGCCUUCGGGGAGUGUGACUAUCAGGUGGAUCGCAGACAAUCCAGGAGCCUGGCUCUUCCACUGUCACGUCGACUGGCACAUGUCAUCAGGUCUCGCCGCUGUCUUCAUCGAAGCCCCAGAAAAGUUCCAGCAGCAAGAUAGCACGAUCCCUCAAUCGGUAUAUGACCACUGCAAGCACUGGAACAUGGCCACGUCGGGCAACAUUGUCGGGAAGAAUUCGACGACAGACUUUGCUGGUCAGCCAUGGGGUCCAUUCCCGCUCGUCAUGGGCUGGACACCGAAAGCUAUCGGAGCACUCGCAGCUUGCAUCAUCACCUUCCUUAUUGGAGCAGCGAGCAUCAUCUUCUAUGCGUCCGGCGAGCUGGAUGAGAGGGAGAUCGAGGAUGAGCUGAGGUACAAGGCCGAGGCGAAGAAGUCAAAGAAGAAGCUCUGGAGUCGGAUAGCACGGAGGGAAUAA